CUGGGGGUCAGCCGUGACACGUGGGAUAGUCAUGUGGCCUGCGCGUCAUCACUUGGCGAAACUUGGGGGAUUUACCAGCAGGAACCCGGGGUACAAUAGUUGGCGCUUGUGCUAACUCAGGGACAGGGGAGGAAGUCCCGCCUCAUCGCCCUAAUCUAUGGCGUUAAGUCUUUCGGAUGAAUGUUCAGCGCUGCGCAAUGGAAGUAACUUCAAGGAAACGUAUUAUUCAGUUCACGGGAUUCAGGGACAAAGAAAAAGAAUCUCUUGUUGAGCUGCUGUUUAAACUUGAUUGUAUAUUUAUUGACACUGAGAAAUUUGAAAACUGUACACAUCUCAUCGCAAAAAACCCAUGCCGAAGUGAAAAGUGGCUUGCAGCUUGUUCAGCAGGGAAGUGGGUUCUGAUUAAAGACUACGUAAUUAACAGCGUACAGAGAGGCAGAUGGCUUGACGAAACAAUAUAUGAGUGGGGUUACAGAAUUGAAAGACACUCCCCUUAUUCACCCCAGAUGCAAUCUGCACCUAAAAGAUGGCGUGAACACCUGACAAGAACUGGUGUUAAAGGGGCUUUUAGAAAAUGGAAAGUGGCUAUUCUUGUUGACAAGGGUCAAAAACAAAGGGAGGCAUUUGAAAGAGUUCUGAGAGCUGGACAAGCAAUUAUAUGUAACGCAGAAGAGCUUCAUGAAGAGGUUACUCAUGUUUUCUUUAAACAAAGCAAUUUUGAUGCAAACAGAGAAAAACAAAACUUUGACAAAUCUUAUCAUUCUGUGCAGUAUCUUGGUUCAUAUCUUUUAGAGGAUCCAAUUGAAGGAGCAUCAGAAGAAAUGACAUUUGAGCAGGUUGAUGACAUACAAAAUAUGAUCUGGAAACGCUUUUGUUUGGCCCAAGGUCUUCACCAUCAGUGCAUUAAAAGGCACAGAAUUGUGAAGAAGGGCAAUGUGAACAGUUUUGAUAAUGGUCGUGCUUGUCUCAAUAGAGUUGAAGGACUGAUAGAUGGACAUUUCUUCAUUGAAGCACUUGGGGAGCUUGAAUGCCUUUUACCAACUUUGCCACCCAUACAUGUCUUUCAGUUACUCAUCAAGAACCUGUUACAGGGAAAUAUAGAUAUCACCUGUUUUGGGAGAUUAUUUGAUAUUUUUUAUAACCUACUCUGGUUCCAUCCUCCAUGGGAAUCUUCACGUAUGGUGCAAUAUUAUCUUGAUUUUUUACAGUGUCCCUUAUGCCAGAGGGGAAGCUGGCCUUUCAUUGAAGUGCUUGCAAGGUCUUUCCUCAAUGAGCAACUCUCUUUAUGUCAUUCAUCACCUGAUGUAGGCAAUGAGACUAGUAAAAUGGACGUUAAUAUAAGAGUAGUAGCUGCAUGCCUCUUAAAGUAUGUCGCAAACAUCAUUCAAGAGGAAGCCAAGGCGCUGAGCACAAGACUUUGUGAAUGUCCUGGUUUUGUCCAAAGAACAAUGCUUCCAUCUUUUGCAGUCAGAAUCUUUUGGUCUGAGCUUAGAACUAUGAAACUUCUUACACGCCAACUGAGUUCCUUAACUGAUCUAGUUUUGAAGUUUCAUAAAGCAGCAUAUCGCACAGAUGAUGUCUUAGUACAAGAGGUGGCGUCUUCCUUGAACAUGAUGCUUAGUUCAGCUGUGGAAUAUUGGAUUCUUCUUGGAUUUUAUUUGAAUAAAAACUUAAUCUAUCAAGUUGCUCAUGACCUAGCAUUCUUCAUUUGUGUUCCUUGUGAAGAUUUUUCAAUGGAAGAGAAAGAAAAGUUCAUCUCCUCUAUUGCUUCUCCAUGGCUUCAAAUGUUAGUUGCAGAUGUGAUAUUUAUAAACCUUUGUAUAAAGCACAAUGUCAACAUUCCCCCUGGACCUUUAUCUUUAGAAAAACUGAUUUGUACAUACAUACCAGCUUUGUGCAAAGUGGGAACAUGUGGCAAGGAAGUGCAGAAACUGAAAAGAAAGCGGAAAAUAGGGCAGCAGCGUUGCCUGGAGUCUCAGAAGGCUUUACUGAUGCUAAAUGGUGAAAAUAACUACCAAGGCGAUGUGCUGCUUGAUCUGCCCAGAGUUCUUCCGAAACUUAGAAGAAAGAGUGAGAGUGCAUCCGUAUUUGCCAAAGAAAAUCUCCCUUUAUCAGAUCAAGACCAAAGCUUUAGCCGCCAUAACACUAAAGGUGAGACUGCCUUACAUACAGCCUGCAGGAACAACAAAGUGAAGAAACUCAUUCUGCUCCUCAGUCUGUCUGGAACUGAAAUAAAUGUAAAAGACCAUGCCGGCUGGACGCCUUUGCAUGAAGCUUGUAACCAUGGCAGCACAGAAUGUGUCCGUGAAAUUUUGCAUCACUGUCCAGAAGUAGACUUGCUUAGUCAUGUAGAUGGGGUGACUCCCUUACAUGAUGCUCUGCUGAACGGUCAUGUUGAAAUCGGUAAAUUGCUGCUUCAGUAUGGGGGACCAACUCUUCUCCAGCAGAAAGACUCUUAUGGGAACUUUCCCCUGGAUUAUAUUGCUUCACCGCAGUUAAAAAGUGAACUUUUUGAUGUUGUCCAACUGAAUGAAACAAUUGAAGAUUUUCACAAGCACGCGGCGCUGGAGUAUGACAGCCACAAAAUAGAGUUCAUGGCGUUCCUGCUGUCGAGAAUGUUGCUGAAUUUCCAUUCCCUUUAUGACUUGCCUGCAAAUUCACAUGCUGCUAAGAUGCUUUGUCCAAACGCAGCUUUCUUUAUUAAUCAUAUUCGAUCUAAAGAAACGAGGGUUUCUUUUGCAACCUCUUUUGUUGAAUGCUAUAUUGAAAAUGUAGUCACUCUACAAAAGCUAAGUGACCUUCCUCCAGCAGUUCCUGAUGCUCUUAUGCACACUGGCGGCAUUCAUUUACAAAUUUUAUUAGCCACUAUUCAUACACUGGCCUCACAUUCAUCAGCAAUGGAGAAAAAAUAAGAGUUUUUAUUAAUGCUGAUAGUUUGAGGGUAAUUUUCUCUUACGCACUACACUGUUUUUGUGAGCACAGUAUUCAGUAGCAUGUCAUACCCAACUACCUGUGCUAAUUGCUGCACUUUGUAAAGAUUUAUAAUAAUAGUGCCAAAGGGGGUUUUCAACCAUGGUCACAGUAACUUUCUAAAAAUGUUAUAUACAUAAUUAUAUAUGUAUAUAUUUGGUAAUGUUCUAAUAUUUGUAUAAAGCUUAAUUUUACAACUACCUGGAAGAAAUGAAGGACAAGUCUCCAUAUGAAUGUAAAGCAGUAAAAAAAAGGAAAUCUAAAUAAGUCAAUUUGCAUCUAGAGUUGAUUGCAAAAUAUUUCACAUUUUGUAUUAUGCAGGUUUUUCUGUAACUAAAUGCAGCAAGUUAUAGGGAUAAAACCCCUAAUUAUUUGUCA